GGAAUGUUUUCCGAAUGUGGAAAAAUACAAACAUGAUACUUCACAAAGCUUGCUGGACUUGGCACAAAUGUUACUUUUUUAUUUGUGAAAUUCACCUUUGAGCAACUUUACACGCUUUUCUUUGCCUUUAAACUAAAUUAAAAAAAAAAUCUUCCCCGUGCUUAAUGUCGUUUGAAUAGGUGGUAAUUCAAGAAGUAUGCUAACUAGCUAACGCUAUCUGUGAAGCAUGUUGUCUGAACUACUGCAGGGCAUUGAGACUGGAGGCUUUCUUGUAAUACAAGAUUCGUGUAGUUACUCUGGAAGGCAUCUUCUGAAGAGCUUCAUCAAUGCUGCCUUGAACAGGACAGAAGUUGUUCACGUCCUUGCCUUUGAUGUGAGUGAAGAAGAGUUGAAAGAUGGAUUGAAAACCUCAGAUGCUCAAAGGCUACACAUUCACAAUGCUUACUCAGAUCCCCUUGGGUGGACCGAGCAGCAGGCGUUCACUGUUCACCAGUUCAAUUUCAAGGAUCUUACAGAUCUGGUCAAACAAACGCCACACACCAAACCAGUGACGCUAAUCAUCGACUCUCUGUCGUGGAUACUGAGGCACGUGACUCCACCUGCUGUCUGCAAAACACUCCACCAGCUCAGAAAAGGGGGGGCUGUGAGGGCUGUUAUUGUGCUGCUGCAUGCAGAUAUGCACCAGAAGGGCACUGUGGGAAGUGUCUGCCACCUGGCUACUUCACUCAUCGCUGUGGCACCUGGAGGCAAACGAGAUGAAGCCAUGGCAAAAAUAACAAAACGCUCAAAAUCUGGAAAAGUUCUGCAAGACGAGGAGAUGUUCAGCGUGAACGAGGAUUUUACGGUCACCGUUCACAGCAAGCGCAGUAUCCCUGAGCAGAGUUUGAACGACGGCGAGGACGAGCAGGUGGACCCGACAGCUGACCUGACCUUCAAUCUGCGAUUGUCCGACUCUGAGCUGGAGGCCAAGAAGAAACUAACACUCCCGUUUGUUUUUAGCAAAGAGAAGAAAACAGCUCUGCUCUGCCCAGGGCCGGGUUCAGGGCGGAUUGUUUACGAGCCGGAUGCCAACGAUGACUAUGACCAGGAGGAUCCUGAUGAUGACCUUGAUGUUUAGUGUUCCACGUUCUAAAAGCCGAAGAUCUACUGGAUGUUCUCUGUCCUGCUCAGCACGUCAUUUACAGUCCAGGAUCUUUCUUUUGUGCCAUCUUAAAGAGCUUUCAAAGUGUAAAAAAAAAGUCCUGUAUUUAAUAAAAAUCACCUCAGUUUUACAGAAAUGCUUUUUUUUUUUACCCUCAGAUCUUUUGGUUUUAAUUGUUCAGCUUUUCGUACAAUAAAUUGGUAAUUCAAA